UAAUAAUAAUAAAAAGGAAAGAACAAGAACAUGAACAAGAUCAAGAACAAAAAGAAUAAGAAUUUGGUCCCCUGACGCGGUGAGUGUAAACACGCCCUGAAACGCUCGGACCUUUUUUGUGAUUUUUUUGUGCUUGCUGCGACCCUGUGUGGAUAUCUUGUGUGUACAUGAUGCCUGUGUGCGACUGUGGCGUGUGUGGUGAAGCCCUGACUGUCAGGGUGAGUGCAGUGGCGUGUGAAGGAUGUGAGGUCUGGUAUCAUAUGGCCUGUGUUGGAUUCAAGUCCAACACCAAGGCACUGGUCAACGACAACCUCAUAUACUUCUGUGAUCCCUGCAAGGAGGUCACCAGAAACAUGUGGAGGAGCUACCGGUGCCAGAAAGAGGAGAAGAGUGUACAGACAGAAGAUUCUACGUAGUGAGAAGACCGAGAAAAGUAUUCAGACCGAAGGGAACUCCAAGGAAGUGAAGAGCAGCCAGAUUGAAGAGGACGUUGUGGGACCCCAGCCCAGCAGACAAGAGGAAGGACCAAGACAGCAGCACACCAUGAAAAUGAGGAAAAAGAAGGCUCCCAUCAGAAUUAUUGGAGACAGCAUGGUGAAGACGAUGUCCAGCCAAGUGAAGUGCAGGAUGAGAGGGAGUGGCUGUACCAGCCUGAGUGGUGCCAAGAUCACGGACAUCAGGAAGAAAGUAGAGGAAGAAGCAGCCAGCAUGGAGGACGGGAUGCUGAUCAUCCAAGGAGGUGGAAACGGCCUAGAAUAUGUUGGUGAAGAUGAGACGGUGAGGAAUGUUGUGGAUGCUGUGAGGAGUGUGGAAGACAAGGGCAUGAGUAUGGCCGUCGUGGGUGUCAUGCAGAGACCCAGGGAAGGCCCGUUCUACGAGCGUCUGAGAAGAUUCACCAACAGAAGACUGCAAGAGGAGCUGCUGAAAAUGAAGAUAGAGUGGAUGAAGGAGAAAAAAGGCAAGCUGAGCUUCAUCGACAUGGACGGCGUGGUAGACCGGUUCAGCUUGUAUGAGAAGGACGGUGUGCACCUGAACGACGCAGGGACUGCCAGGAUGGGUCGACGGGUGUGUGAGUGGGUGAGGGCGAGGUCGCUGCAGCUGAUGGACCAGUGACGGGAGACGACAAAAGCACGCCAGGAAGAAGACACCAGCCAGAUAGUGAAUGAGCUAAACAUCGACCAUGUUACCUCCUCGGCUUACCACCCCAAUCCCAA